GAUUUUACUCUUUGACCAAACUCUAAAGAUCUCCCUGUGCGGAAUAUCUUCAUCAUCUUCAUCAUGACUCUUGAGGAAGUUCUGAUCCAGAAACCCACCGAGCGUGCUCAGUGCACCGGCCAAGCCCUGGAGGAGGUCCUGGUGUCCGCUAAGGACAACGACUCCCUCACCGUUGGCGUCUACGAGUGCGCCAAAGUUAUGAAUCUUGACCCGGACAGUGUGUCCUUCUGCGUCCUGGCCAUGGAUGAGGAGUUUGAGUGUGACAUCGCUCUGCAGAUCCACUUCACCCUCAUCCAGUCCUUCUGCUUCGACAACGACAUCAGCAUCGUCAGAGUGAGCGACAUGCAGCGUCUGGCUGAGAUUGUUGGUGACAAGGCGGAGCAGCUUGAAGAUGCCCACUGUGUCCUCAUCACGAACCCAGCUGAUGGGUCUUGGGAGGACCCUGCUCUGGAUAAGCUGCACCUGUUCUGUGAGGAGAGCCGCCGUCUGAACGACUGGGUUCCUGAGAUCAGCCUCCCCGAGCGUUGAUCUGGGCCUCGGCUCCUCUCUUGCUCAAAAGCUGUGAAGCUUCUUACCUGGAAAUACUCAUCCUGAUGAAAAGGAUGAGCCUGUUUCUGCUCAUCCCUGGACACUCCUGAGGAGGAUUCCCGUCCAGGCAGCACGGCACCGGCCCGGGGGCCUCCCCGUGAACCGUCGCCUCUUGUCCCGUCCAUGCCAAGAUGACUCUCAUUCUUUAUGUGAAUGAGGUCGGGUAUGCCACAAGAGCGACGCAUCGACCCUCAUUCUUUGUGCGGAUGAGGUUUGGAGAGGAAGGAGAUGCGAGUUUUGCCACAGAGCCAUCGUCGCACGUUGAAAGCACGCGCAGCAGGAGAAGAAGCGGUGCUGAGGAAGAGGCGUUUUUGAAAAGGGACUUUUUGAAGACGUCCUCUUUGCUGAGCAACAUGACAACAGUUGCAAUCAGCGGAAAUGUUUCCCACUUUCCAGAAUUGUCUUAAUUCUCUAAAGGUUUCACUUUAGAAAUUUAACAAUGACAAAAAAUAUAUUCUAAAACAUAAAAAAAAUAAGAAAAACAAGUUUAUUCUCUAAAGGUUUCACUUUAGAGAAUAGCUGAAUUAAUUUAAUGUUAAAAAAUAAUGAGAAUUUGUAAGAUUGUCUUAUAAACAUUUAAUUAUGUGCUCAAGACAGUGAUGUUAAAAAAAAUGAAAAGAUUUGUCUGAUUCUGUUGGAACAAUGUUUAAUACAAACUAAUGUAUAAUUUUCUAACAGUUUCACGUCAGAAAUUGUUUGAAGUGGAAAAUGUGAAAUAAAAAACACAGAAGUAA